AUGCAUGAACCGUUCGAUACCACCAAGGCCAACCCUGCGAUAUUCCAGUCCAUCAAUGAGGGACCCAUCAGCAAUUACUACCUCGACGGAUAUAUGUUCGCCGACUAUGAUGAGUUCUAUGCUUACGGUGGCAUGUACUACACUUCUGGAGACACCAUUACUGACCGCACAGUGAGCGACCCUUUGUACGAUAUCCCACAAGAUUCGAAUAUUCAGGCAGGCGUACCAAACGUUGCGUACUCUCCUCAGAGUGGGAGCUUCAUCAAAGAUGUCACAAACGGCGCCGGAGCCAAUGCUCCAAGUGAGAACCUCAGUUUCUACUUCAGCGGCAAAUACAAUGCAGAUGGCACUGCCUUCUCCUAUUUCGACCCGCCAAAGGACUACUCUCCGUGGCUCAUCAAGGUCGACACCAGCAUUCAAGGCCAUGCAGACUGGUCGCGAGAAGAUCUGACAGUUAGCAACAUCACCCUGCGAUCCGAGGGUGCUCUUGUCUGGAUUCCCGCCUCAACGCGAGGACUUCUGAUUGCGAUUGGAGGUGUCGUAUAUCCUGCAGACUUGAACGGUUAUCUUAAGACAGACAACACGACCGACAUCACGGUGGCGAAGAGCUUUUUGACCGAAUUUCCUGUAUACGAUAUCGGUUCUAGUACAUGGAGCAUGCAGUCGCUCAACCCUGGAUCUGCAAUUCCCGAUGGCCCACUUGCACAAUUCUGCACCGUUGUCGCCUCCAGUCCGGAUGGUUCGCAUCAUGAAAUCUUUGUCUAUGGCGGUUGGGACAGCAAUGGAGGUUUGGCUUACGGCGAUGUGUGGAUUUUGAGCGUGCCUUCCUUCACUUGGAUCCGAGGAAACGUUGAAGGAACCAGAAGACAAGGCCAUGUCUGCGUGUCUCCGUAUCCUGACCAAAUGAUUGUUCUUGGUGGGACGGGAGACUAUGGAGCAGGGCUUGCCAGCAACAACAGUGUCGACGUCUUCAAUUUGAAUGACCUGAGCUGGGCAGGCACGUACGAUCCUGGUGUCCAUGACGAUUACAAGCCCGCUCCGACCGUGGCCAGUGUCAUCUCCGCAACCCCUACCGCCAGUGGCAUGUCUUCUCAGGUCUCCAAUUGGUUCAAGACACAAUAUAAUAUGGAUCUGAUCAGAACCUUCGGCCCUUACAACGCAACCACCCCGGGUCCGCAAACGAAUACAACCACGAACACUCCACCUUCGACACCACACCAUGACAGAGGCUGGGUCGUCCCGGUUGCGGUUACCGUCCCCGUCGUGGUUGGUGUCGCGUUCUUUGCCAGCCUCAUCUUCUUGUGCUGCCGUAAGGCAAGAAAAGACCGUCAGCAAGAACAAGAGACAUCCGAGGCGAAUAACGGGAGGGGUGGGAUCUUGUCUUGGCUCCGGUCGACCUCUUCAGGUAUGCCUGGCAAAGAAAUAGGGACCGAGUCGUCUGUCACUGAGGUCGAGCACCCCCAGUCGCCGCACCCUAUGAGACAAACGGCUCCUCAAGAACUCGAAGGGGGAUACUUUUUCGGGAGUGAACCAGGGACUAACCAGGAGCGCUGGUCGUCAUCCACUCCUGUGCGGUCACCAAGAGCUGAAUACGAUGGUCCGGUCGAGGGUCCAGACACUGGGGUCCACGAGGUCCAUGGCGCUUCGCGAACCGCCCGUCCUGACGACGAGUAUGAUAUCCGUAAAAUGACCAUGUACCCACCAAGUUUCGUGAGUGGUGGUGGUCAACCUAGGGCAAUGGCCAGCUCUUCAGUCUCGCAAUCGGGCGAGUCCAACUCUCCCGCUUCGCCCCACACCACGUCGGUGGGCAUGGCAAGCUCGGGUUUUGCACCCAUUCCCGAGGGCGCGAUGGCGCUCGGGGAUGACCACACUACAGGUUUCGAUAGAGCAAUUUCACCAAUUGAUCUCCGGCGGAACUCGAGGCCUGGGCACGAUCGCAAGGCAUCCGAUGUGAGCAGCGCUUCAUCAAUACCGUCCCCGAGCGGUGAGGAUCAACCGGCUGCCCCAUCUAGGCCGAGAGCUUCGCGAAGCGUUUCCGGGGAUGAUGUCGAAAUCGGAGAGCAAGGGAAUCGUACCAUAUAA